AUUUUAUAAUUACUCAGGUCAGUUUAAAUUGUAUAUAUAUUAAUAAACGUGGUGUUGUUCAGUUGUUUAGUCUGUGAACGCGACCUCUCCGAACCGGUCGCGCGUAUUCACGGUUACUUAUAGUACAGACAAAAAUGAAUUCAAUUUAUUGUAUCGUAGCGCUCUCAGCGCUCGUAAGUUGUAUGGCAGUCAAACCUGACUUACGUUUUGCGUGGAAACAGGUAGAUUAUGCUUGGGAUAACCCAUCACAAAGAGAGACCGCAGUGAAAGACGGUGUGUUUGUACAAGAAAACAACAUUCCACUGGGUUUGGCGAAAUGGAAGAACAAAUUAUUUGUGACCGUCCCGCGUUGGAAAAACGGUGUGGCGUCUUCCUUAAAUUAUGUAGACGUAGAUGGUCCACAGGAUCAGAUUUUGAAACCUUACCCUUCCAUGAAAGAUAAUCUUGUACCUGAUUUAGCUACAGAACUACCAACAAACAGCUCUAUCGUAUCUGUGUUCAGAUUAUUCGUUGAUCCCUGCGAUAGGCUUUGGGUUAUUGACUCAGGGUUGGCGGAUAUAUUAGGUUCGGGAAACCAAAUUGUCGGUCCAUCUAUUGUUAUCUUUGAUCUAAAAACCGAUCAACUCAUCCACCGCUACUUCUUCAAAGUUAAGGAUAUAAAGGAAGACUCUUUCUUCGCUAACAUUGUUGUGGAUGUAGACAGCAAUACUUGCGACGACGCGUACGCUUACGUCCCAGACUUGGGAGCGUUCGGUGUUGUAGUCUACAGUCUGAAGCAAGACGACUCCUGGCGCGUGGCACAUCACUACUUCUACUUUGAUCCGCUCGCUGGUUCCUACAACGUCAGCGGUGUCGUGUUCCACUGGACUGAUGGAGUCUUCGCCCUUUCACUGUCAGAGCCAAGAGAAAAUGGUUUCCGUACAAUGUUCUUCCACGCAUUCUCAAGCACAAAGGAGUUCUGUGUGUCGACGGAGUUGCUCAGAAACUACAGACAGAUAAACAGGAACGAAGCAUUCAACGAUUUCAAGCUUCUAGGUGACAGAGGCGAAAACACACAAUCUUCAGCUAGCUACUACGAUACAAACACUAGCGUUCUGUUCUAUACACAGGUAAACAGGGACGGCGUGGGUUGUUGGAACUCUAACAAGCCAUACACCCCCGAAAAUAACCCGCUGCUAUUCAGUGAUCCCAUAAACUUUGAGUUUCUUAACGAUCUAAAGGUUGACAGUGACGGCAUUCUCUGGCUGUUGAGCGACAAGCUUCCUCGUUUCAUGUACCAAUCGCUUGACCCCAACGAGAUCAAUUAUAGGAUAAUGAGCAUAAAAGCAACGGACGCCAUCGCUGGGACCGUCUGUGAAUAGUUAUAUAUGACAUAAAAUCAUUUAAAUAUUUACAAUGACUAUAGAUAAAACUACACUUUAACCAGAGAUAAUUAAUAAACAUUGAGGUAUUAUAAUUGAUUUCAUAAGCAAGAUAUUAUUUGCCCGUAAUAAUUAUACAGAUUAAAUAAGUAUAUUAUAUUUUGUGGUAUUUUUUAAUUGUCUAUUUCAAUGUAUUAUUUUAAUUGUUUCCUUUGUCUGAGUGUUAUUAAAUAUCUUGUAAUUUUAUAAGCUUCUCUAAUAUUAUUGUGAUAAUUUAUUAUAAGAAAUAAAACAUUUAUUUUUUUAUACAUAUAAAUA